AUGGCUACUGAUGACGCUGGCAAUGUCGGCCUGGAACCGCGCAGCUGCGACCACGCGCUCGUUGGAGUUAUAACGGCGCUUCGAAGAACAGCUGACUCGGUGGACGCUUAUGGCGGGACCCUCGACCGUACGGAGAGGCACAGAAAGGUAAACGUGGGGGCGCUCACAGUCGGUAGAAACAGGGCUCGGAUAGACAGUCGAAACGGGCCAGAUGGGCUGGUCACGCCGCGUCGCGUCGAAAGAAACCCGGGACCCGGGAUUGGCGCUAUCCUCUACCACUCAGCGGCGUCGCAAGUGUUGACACGGAGUAACAGGAUCAUCUGGGCCAGCUUUGCGGAAAAGUAGGCUCUUCCUGGAGAAUCCAGGUCUCCACGCGCUGUUGACUUAACCAGCGGGACCAACCCAUCUCCCUCAGCAUAGCGACCAGAGUACUGUUGGGCCUAAAUCGUUUCAGCGGUC